AAAGACGAUGGAAAAUGAGGUAGCCAUAUUGUAGUGGAGGACCAAAAAUAUAGCAAGUCAGAGAAGCACAAAACAGAGCUAGCCAAAGUUAAAUUAUUCAAAGAAACGUUCAGUUGGGAGGGAGAUCGUUGGCAAUUUAGCCAUCUAAGACCGGGAAGACACCAUGAGUGGAGGAACCCCUUAUAUCGGGAGCAAAAUCAGCCUAAUCUCGAAGGCCGAGAUUCGUUACGAAGGGAUCCUCUACACUAUUGAUACUGAAAAUUCGACUGUCGCACUUGCAAAAGUUCGCUCUUUUGGCACAGAGGAUCGGCCCACCGAUAGGCCCAUCCCGCCCCGAGAUGAGAUCUUUGAGUACAUCAUCUUUCGAGGCAGUGACAUUAAGGACCUGACUGUAUGUGAGCCGCCCAAGCCAACAUGCUCUCUCCCUCAGGACCCGGCCAUCGUCCAGUCGUCCAUGGGCUCGGCCCCUCUGCCUGCUCCUGCUGCCGCAUCAGCAUCAUUUCAGUCGGUGGGCUCUUAUGGCCUAUUCAACCGAGCCCCGGUGCCCCCGUACAACCAGUUCAGCACCAGCCCCCUGGUGUCCCCGCAGUUUGGCGCCGUUGGUGUCGGUAAGAGCCACAGCAGCACGAGGCCUGGAUAUGGAAGAUCAGUCCCCUCCUCCUUUGGGAGUGACACAAGCUCAGCUGCACCCCAGUCUCAGAGCAGUGCUAUUGGCGCUGCUCUCCCCACUGAUUCACGCUCUCUGGGUACCACUACUACCCUUGUAUCUAAAGUCCGCACUAGCCCCUCUCUGGACCCUCUGAGGAAGAGCCCCACCCUAGAGCAGGUUGUCCAGGCCACCCCGUCGGGCCCCCCGGCCCCUGGCUUGGGCCGCAGGAGUCCCGCUCCCGGCCGCACGGCCCCCUCGGUUGCAGCUGCCGGCCCCGUCCACCAGAAGGCCCAGCAGCACCACCACCAUAUCCAGGAUGGAGGUGAACCCAGGAGGACCGGUGAGACUGUCAGUGGGGCCCGCAGUAACCAGGCCUGGCCUGCGCUCCGCAAUGCACCGAUCUCUCAUCAACACCACACCACUGCUGUAGAUAGGGCUUCCACUGCAGGGCUUAUGCACUCUAUCUUUAGCUCCUCAGCUGGCUGCCCCCAACCUCAGAGGCGUGGUCGUGGUGGCGGACACCGCGGCAGGGGCCACUUCAACGUGCGCCGAGACGGGCCAAUGAAGUUUGAGAAGGACUUUGACUUUGAGAGUGCCAAUGCCCAGUUCAACAAGGAGGAGAUUGACAGAGAGUUCCACAGCAAGCUCAAACUGAAAGAUGAGAAGACUGAGAAGCCGGAGAAGGCAGCGGUGAACGGGGAGGAUAAGGGCGAUUCCGGGGUGGAGACCCUGAACAGCGAGGGCAACGCUGAUGAAGGGGGAGAGGCACUAACGCCUAACGUAUACUAUGACAAGUCAAAGUCUUUCUUCGACAAUAUCUCCUGUGAUGACAGCAGGAAAGCUGCAGAAAGAUCUGGAGGCGGCUCUGGUUUCCCACGGGAGCGGAGGCAGACCUGGGCCGAGGAGAGGCGGAUGAACUCGGAGACGUUCGGCAUCCCUCUGCGCGGGGGUCGGGGCCGUGGGGGCUACCGUGGCCGGGGCGGCAUAGGCUUCCGCGGGGGCAGGGGACGCUCGGCCAGCAGAGGGUCCUUUGGCCCCCCCCAAGGAGGCCACGGCUACAGGGGAGGAUACAACAGAACAAGCCAGGGAGGACGGGAGUUCUCAGAGAACUUUGAGUACAGGAAGGAUAACAAGGUGGCCGCGUAAUACAACUGGAGGACGGAUCAACAGAGUUGCAACACCUCAUGUUUAAAAAUAGUUUAGGUUGCUACUUUUGACUAAAGGAAGGAAGAUGUACUAGCUGUAUAUUUGUCACCAGCACUGGGUUAGACUGCUUGAAUGCAACUUAUUUUCCAUAUCUUUUAACAAUGGAAAUGAUGCAAUAUGUCAUGAUCUCUUCAAAACUAUUUCCAGGUGGCUUAAUUGUGUAUAAAUAUCAUAUUUCAGAGGGACGUCAGUAUUUCUUUUUUUUUUAGCAAUUAGAUUUUUUUCUCCAUUUUCUCCUAAACUUGUAUUUGAUAAUAUUCUGUUAAGUGUAGAAGGCUGUAUACAUGAGCCUUCCAACUGAGGAGCACUGACAUAGGUUUAUUUGUUUGGAUAUAUCCUGUUAUAACUUCAGCGGAAAAAUAGUCAGUGGGGUCCGUCAGUUACUUCCGUGUAUACUACACAUACCAUACCUAGUACGCUAGGCAUCUAUUUAUCCCACUUCUCUAAAUGGCAGAGCUUGUGGUUUUUUGCUAAAUAUUCUCAACUUUUUGUCAAUAUUCUGUUUUUCAUUUACUUCCAGCUCUUACUUUAGAUGUUUUUAUUAGGGCUUUAUCCGUCUUCUGUUAAUUCUGGUUUAAACCAACAAGGAAUCAUCUGUAUUGUCUUACUCCCAUUCUACACUAGUGUAUGGAGGAUAGAGAUGGUGCUAGAUGUUAACACUUUGCUUUAUUCUUCUGGUUUUGUGAUAUAGUUUAACUCUGGAUGCGUAACUAGGAAUAGGGAAGGAUAGGUCAGUAAUGGCGCAUAAGUCAGAACAAAUUUUCUUUAUUUUAAAAUGUUCUGUAUAUUGCCCUGUACUCAAGGGCUCCUGGUAUUGUGUGACUAGAGUUGUAUAAUGCUGCUUUUUGCUACAGUUCUUUUUCUAGCGUCAUCUACAAGAGCUAGCUAAAGCAGGCCAUCUAAGUAUGCUUCUUCCUGACAAAUGGCCCAGUUUAUCAUUGGUUACAUUUUUGUUUGUAACCUUUCUAUGGAACUUACAAAAAUGUUGGUUAUUCACUUUUACCAAUUUUUUUGCCAGGCAGUUGCUUCUGAAUUGGUUAAAACCUCAUCCUGAAUUCCCCAUUUCUAUCAAACAGGAAUGCCAGAAAUAAUUUCACCCACCAACAUUGCUUAGUACUUGAGAUGUCUGACAGAGAAACCAUGUCCUGACUAAGCUCUUGAUUCGAUGCCACUAACUCUGUCAUGGCACUGCAUGGUGAUUGAUAGCCUGCUGCAGCUACACAAGUGAUGGCAGAAGAAUUACUGAGUUAAGUACGUAAAAUAUUAGAACGAGUUGCAUAGUCAUUUGGUUUUAGCGAAAUAGGCAUUAGUUACUUAGCAACAUUGAAGCAAUUUUUGGAGGAUUUGAAUGAUCGGGCACAAAUUGGGUAAAGGUUGGUUAAUGGGAAGUGAUGAACUUUGACUGAGUAUUAGAAAGGUACACACAGUUGCACUUUUACUGUUGAAGUCGUUUUAUAAAGGUGUCUUUUUGUUAAUUUGUGUAUACUGAGGAUGUAUUCCAGUUCUGCUAACUGGAUGACAAUAUGGUUGGGUCCCAAAUGUCACCCUAUUCCCUAUAUAGUGAACUACUUGGCUCUGGUCAAAAGUAGUGCACUUUAUAGGAUGUAGGGUCGUAAUGUAGAAUGGCUGGUGGGAUGGGAUGAAUCUCAACUGUAUUGACUUGAUUACUCUUUCCUUGCAUCUUUCUCAAAACUUUGGGAGAAGAUGCUAUGCUUCAAUGUGCUUUGUGAAGAAGACAAUGAGGGAGGACAUAAGGAAUCAAGGAAAUAGUUGAGAUGCACCUAUAGGAUCAUGUGCCUAGUUCAGGGGGAUGUCCUUUGUCUCCAUUUCAUGUUGGGUUGUAACAAAACAAAUGCACAGAACACUGCAUGAGGGUCCUGCACAUCAGAAGCUGCAGAAUCAUGACCCAAAGCAACAAGAUACAAUAACUUACUGAAAUGUCUGUGCUGUGGGUAGUUUGUUUGCACUUCAAGAUCUUUAAUAUACAGACUUAAAGGUUGUUUAUUUGGGUUACUUUUCCUAACAGUCUCUGGUGUCACAGCCACGUGUUUUGUCUCUAAACCCAGCAUGAUUACCUCUCCUGUGGGCCUCAGUGGACAGUUUUUUUUGUGUGUUUUUUUUAAUUCAGAGCAUACAAUAAAAGUUGUUCAUUACA